AUGAUUUCUGAACAAGCGAAUGAGUGGUAUGAGGGUAUUUCUCGUGACCAUUUGCACAAGCACAGAGCCACCGGUGCUGCUCGUAAGCCAAACUACAAGAAGAGAAAGUACGAGUUGGGUCGCCAGGCCGCCAAGACUCAGAUUGGUGAGAAACGUGUCCGCGCUCUUCGCGUCCGUGGAGGUCACUUCAAGUUCAGAGCCCUCCGUCUCGACACUGGUAACUUCUCCUGGUCCUCCGAGAGAGUCACCCGUAAAUGCCGUAUCGUCAACGUCGUUUACAACGCCACCUCUAACGAUUUGGUGCGUACCAACACUUUGGUCAAGGGAUCAAUCAUCCAGAUCGAUUGUACCCCAUUCAGACAGUGGUACGAGCAGCACUACGGUGUCGCCCUCGGCAAGAAGAAGGCCACCAAGAAGACCGAGGAGGAGAAGGUCGAGCCAGCCAAGAAGUCCGCUUCGCUCUUGAGAAAGAUCGCCCAGCGCAUGAAGACCAGAACCAUCGAGGCCGCUCUCGAGGCUAACGCUUCCGAGGGUAAGUUCUACGCCAAGAUCACCUCCCGUCCAGGUCAGGUUGGCAAGUGUGAUGGUGUCGUCCUUGAGGGCAAGGAGUUGGAGUUCUACGCCAAGAAGAUCCAGAAGAAGAAGAAGUAA